AUGUAUUUUAGGACGAUAUUUGUUUCAUUUGCUAGUAAAUAAUAACUUUGUAAUAAUCUUGAUGUUGUGGAAGUGGAAUAGUGGAUAUGAUUAUGGUGUUUAAUCAUAACUAAAUUCAAUUCAGUAGUAGAAUCAUCAUAUUUUUUUCGUCUACCACAGAAAAGAAACUACUUUGUUUUACAGCCAUUAAGUAAGCCAAGUGUUAAAAAUUUAAUUUACGUAUCUUUUCUACUGUCACUGUUUCUUAUUUCCAUGGACGAAUUAACUCCUUUCCAUCCUAAAAUAAUGAGUAAAACACGGACUGCAGGCGAUGGCAUGGAAUCAGAUGAAAUUGCCACAGAGACUGUGCGAAAAGUUACUGGAAAGCCUACCAUUCGAACUGGAAGCAAAGAGACCCUUCUCCCAGGCCGCCUCAUCCAGGUUUACCCUACCAGUGUUGUUAGAGCAGAAAAGAAAAGGCCACAACUUAACUCCAAAAGCCCCAAAUUUGUUCCUUAUGAGCCUUACCCAGCAGCUGUGAAGCCAAUAGUGCCUCAAACAGUUUCCAAGUCUAAGAAAUCUAAGAAUAAUAUGGACAUCAAUGUCCUUAUAUCCCAGAUGUCACAAAUGGACACAAAAUUAAAUGAGUUUAAGCCGAGACCAAAGUUAACAUCCUCUAGUUCACUGGAUCCUGUUACAGUGGAUCCUGACAAACAUAACCCUGAGAAAGCUGAACUGCAGGCUACUAUUGACAAACUAAUGGAAGAGAAUGAGUCUUUAAAGGAUCAGUUGAAACAGCAAGUUCAGGUGAACAAAGAAUUAAAAACAAUGCUUGUGGCAUCCAUGGGUGAAGAUUUAGAGAUCCAAGUGCAGUCUCUCAAUGAGGACAAGAAGCAUUUGGCCGAUGCCUUGCUGAACUCUGCUCAGCACUUGUCAACCCAUCAAGAGCAAACGGAAUGGUUAGCAGGUCAAUGUGAAGUGUGGAGAAGCAAAUUUCUUGCUAGCAGCCUGAUGGUGGAAGAGCUAGCAAACUGGAAGAAAGUUCUUAACGAAAAAACCGUCAAUUUACAACAAGCAAUAAAGCAAUUGCUGGACGAGAGGUGCAGGACUAGAGACAUGAUGUUAUGCACCUAUAAAAACCUCUACAGCCUCCACGAGAAGUGGCUCGAGAACAUCGCCAUUUCAGAAUACGUGGGCAACAAUAAAGUAUACAACCAACCGAUUGGGAACCUAAACUUGAACACUACAAUACCACACUCUUCAAAUAUAAUUGACUUAGCGCUGGUAAAUUUGAAAUUAUCAGAGAAUGUCAGCAGUUCUAAUGAGAAGCCGGACAUCAGCUAUCUUGAUAAUUUACCGACUGAGACGGAUGGCGAGAAACAUGCUGAGAAUAUAAUGGCCAUGCCUUUAGAAGUAAAGAAGGUGAGCGAAGAACCUGUGAACGCCUUAGUGCACCACGCGUACAACAGCAGCAGCAGCACUCCAAGACCUAUUGCCUCGUGUGUGCACUGCAAUGGCAAGGUGCAGUUGCUGUAAGCUUGUGUAGAAAAAACAUCGCUUUAGAGGAACUCCAGACUAUAGCCCUGCCAGUGACCUUUAGAACGCCACGCGUAUCGUGCGCGAUGCGUCAUCGUGAACCUUGUCGUAAUGCACGAAAGUUGAUAUUGGGCUGCAGACGCGUGCGUCAGUUGACGUCUGGCGGACAAAGGGUUAAGCAGACGGUUCUUAAGGUACUUCCGAGGUUUUCGAUUAUGUUAAUGUAAGCUUGGGGAAUGUGUCUUAACCUUUUGACUGCCACGUCGAUUUUAUAUGACACGCAAUAGUAAACUUCAUUAAAAUGUAAUAAUAUUUUAUUUACACUGUAACCUUCAAAGGGUCAAAAGAUAUUACUUAACGUAACAUCAGUCUAUUUCUAUCAAAUACAAUCAUUCUUUUAAUCAUACCAGUGUUAACUAUUUAAAACUCUCGCGGAACGUAAGUAGAACAUAAUAUGCCUAUUAUGCAGAUAUUGACGUGAUAUACGGUCACAAGUGAAAAUAUCGAUAUGAAAAAAGUGCCAAAAAUAUGUAUACACGACAAGACUAUUGGCCAUAUAUAUUAAGCUAGGUAGUGUAUACAUAUUUUUGGCACUUUUUUCGUGUCGAUAUUUUCAGACUACCUAAAGCUAGACGCAUUUCGUUUCGUACGACACGAAGCCGCGUCACAUACGAACCUAUUACAGAAGCUUCAUAUACCUAUUUUAUCAUGUGUAGUAUAUCGUCGUCUUAAAAAAAGCUAAUGGCUCAUGAAUUAAUACAUUGAUGAUAAUAAUGAUACGAUGAUGUUUGACUUUUAAAUUUCACUUGGAGAAUCUCGUUUCGAUGCAUUGUUGAUGUCGAGAAACUAUUUUAAAGCUUAUUAAACUGUGAGACGAGUUAGAAUUAUGCGAAGCGAGGAAUACCCAUGCCGCCGAGGCAUUAGCUUUUUUAGAAUUGCUAAGGAAUUGAUAAUAUAUAAAAUGUUCCAAAAAUAUAAAAUUAUGAAUAUUCCUUAUUCUCGAGAUUUUACUAUGUUGUGUAUUCAGGUAAUUCCGAAAAGUUUUGAUUGUCGGUAAUUCCAAAAAUGGAUACUAUGGAAUUAUGGGUGAUUUUAGGAAUUAGCCGACAUUUUGAAGUAGUCGGAAUUAUCCGAAUACACCUUAUGCCUGACGCACACAAAAAUUACCGACUUAUACCAAUUUUUGAGCAAUCAUACAUGAAUUUAGAGGUAAUCGAUAAAUUAUAGAUACAAAUCCGCAGUAAAAUCAUAAUUGAAUUAGAUUAAUUUUUAGACAAGUUUAUAAAAUAAAACUAUUAUAAUUAAAUUGAAUGAAUGAGUGAGAUUAUUGUUUGUAGAGGCUAAAACAAUGACUUUUGACUAUAUGAUCAUGUCCAAAAAAAAAUCGCAUGACUGUGCGAAGAUAUAUUUCAAAUUUGAAAUUGCUUUGGUACCUGGUAUUAACGAUUUUAUUUUAGAUUUUAAGUAGGCAAAAUGCUUUAGAUUUGAAGAAUUUUAUAACUUACAAACUUGUUCUUUAUUGUUACCUAAACUCAAGUUAAAGCAUAAUAAUUAUAAUAAGGUAUAUUUCGGAUUUAACUCAAUUAUUAUUUUCAUUGCUCUUUGGUGUUAUUUUUACUCGAUUAUAAAACGAUGUCUAACAUCGAUUAAUAGGAAAACAAUCAGAUUAACCCAUGUAAUUAUGAAAGCAAUUUGGUCGGUGAGAUAGGAGUAAUAGCUUGUUAUAUAAAUAUAAGUACUUAGGUAAUUAAUGAAACUUGGCUUAUUGCCCAACACGGGUGAAUGCCAAAUGGUGCUUUUAUUUCGUUAUUUACAACUAUGUCAUUCCAAUUGUAUGUUUAAUCUUAUUUAAAUAAAAUAAACAAUUGGUAAAAA